UUUGCUUGGUUUUUUAAUUCCAAAAAGUUUUUUGUUUUGUUUAUGCAUUUCUGUCUAUAAUACCCUUCGGGUCAAAAAAUAUUGGAAACUAAGCAGUGGGUCAUACCGUAAAUUCCAAACACGAUUCGGACCCCUUUUUAAAGGCAUCUAAAGCCCUUCGCCUAAAACCCUUACUGGCUUCAGGGAGACAAAUGAUAAAGUGAAAUUUAUCGAACACGCAAGACUUACUUCAUCCACUCUCUGCUUUUCCUGCUUUAGUCUCUAUGCAUCAUGGCUCUUAUAAGUUCCCACGUGAAAGUUUUGCUUCUUGCUUUCCCCUUGUUGGUCUACUUUCAUAUAACAAUUACAAGAGUAGACGUAGUAUAAGUGCUUGUCUUACUGAUUUUAGCUUUAAAAGAACCCAUAGCACUCAUAAUUUGUUAGAAUCAGCUAGCAGAGGGCUCGGCCUUGGUGUUCAAAGUUUUAACAGUACAUCUAAAGGAUAUUCAAGCCAUUGUCAUUCUUUGAAUUAUGCAUCUGGUGAGAGUUAUUCUAUUCUCCAGUCAAGCAGUCUUCAGCACUGGUUCAAAAACUGGCAAGAAUCAAGGAAACAUAAGCUGACAGCAAGCACUUUUGCUGGAGCUAUUGGUUUCUGGCCUUGUCGGAGAGUUCAGCUCUGGUUAGAGAAAAUUGGGGCAAUUGAACCAUUUUCUGGUAACCUGGCUACGUGUUGGAGCAAUAUCAAAGAAGAGGAAGCUCUCGAAAGAUACAAGCUGAUUACGGGAAAUACUGUCUUGUUUCCUAAUUUUCAGGUCUACGACCAUAAAAAAUCAGAAGAUGAUUGGUUGGCGGCUUCACCAGAUGGGUUGGUUGAUGGCAUUGUUUAUGGUUUGCCUUCUGGAGGAGUGCUUGAGAUCAAGUGCCCGUAUUUUGGUGGGGAUAUGACAAGGGCCUCCCCAUGGAAGCGAGUGCCCUCUUAUUAUAUCCCACAAGCUCAGGGCUUAAUGGAAAUCUUAGACAGGGACUGGAUGGAUUUUUAUGUUUGGACACCUAAAGGUAGUAGUCUAUUCAGGUUAUAUAGAGAUUCAGAGUACUGGGAUGUUUUGAAAAUUGCACUCUCUGAUUUUUGGUGGGAACAUGUACUACCAGCAAAGGAGGUGUAUAGAAAAUCUGUUAUUUCAGAACCUCUCAAGCAAUUAAGAUAUCUUAAACCAGCUCCUAGGCACGAACUGUGGAGCGAGAUAGUGUAUGGAACCAAAUGCAUGGUUGAUAACUCAAGUUUACUGAUGCGUGAAAUAAAUGGGAAGCUGCAAAAUUGAUGUGUGUAGAUCUCCAACUUUGUUCCACCCAUUUCUUGUGGCCUAAAAGUAAAUCGGUUCCUUAUUCUCAGGUGCAGAUUGAUCAUAUGAGUGUCUCUUCAUUUAUUAUCAUCAUCAUUAUUAUUUUAUGCUUUGAGUUGUUGAAUCUCUCAUGUUGCGGAGUGCAAGCUUAGAUAAAUCUCACUCAAGAUUGUUGAUGAUCAAGGGGCAUGGCUGAGGUUAAAAUGCAUUUCAUUUACUCAAUGGUUGGAUUUGACUGAGGACUUGGUGUGUUUUUGCACUCUAGAGAUUAUAGUUUGAAUAUUUCUUUCCUUGAUUGUCCCAAUUGAUUUUACUAAACCAGGCAGGGAGGUUGUGGUUGGGUUGGAAGGCUGCUGGUGCUACCAGGAUUCAGUUUGAUGAGCCAAAUCUUUUGAUGAAUCUGGAUUCUCAUCAACCACAAGCAUUUACUCAUGAGUGCUCUGAGCUGGAGUCAUUAGUACCUCGUUUGAGUGUCUUAAUUCAUGCAUACUUUGCUGAUGUUCCCGCUGAGGCACACAAAAAGCUGAGCUCUUUGAAGGGUGUCACUGUAAACAAAAUGCCAAUACAGUGUCCAACUGCAGAAUUAUUCUUGAUACAAAAUUCAAGAGUCACCAGUGUAUUGUAGUAUAACUGAGGACUGAGCUGAUGCCCCUCAUUUUAAUGCUACAGCUACGGUCGACGGACACACUUUCCAGAGGCGGGAACUCUCCAAAUAUCUAAAGCAAGUGAGCAUUCAGCUGCGAAAGUAGUUAGAUGGAUUUCAAGAGGCAAGUUCCCAAAGUGAUCCUGCCACUUUAUAGUUACAAUAUAUUGUGCACAGAGACAUCAUCCCAAUUAUCUACUUGGACUUUUCUUUUCUUCUCUCCAGAUUCAAAUUAUUGAUCUAUAGUACUGCUGAAGCUUUACCAAAAUUUUACCAUCAAACCUUGAUUAGUCUUGACCAUUCAUUGUUUGUAUCUUUUAUCCGCGGAUUUGCACAUUGGCAUUUGAUUCGUUGAUCUAUUUUCUGACUACUUAGUUUCCAAGAUCCGGUUUAGCUAUUUAA